CCGCGUUCCGCCGCAGUGGAGAGAGCACCAGGAUGCGGAAACUGUAGGCACCCGCCGUAGUAUGGCCGCAUCCCGUUCCUCGCGUGUCACAAGGUCAUCAGUGGGACUCAAUGGAUUGGAUGAAAACUUUUGUGGCCGAACUCUCAGGAACCGCAGCAUCGCCCAGCCGGAGGAAACCUUGGUGUCUCCGCUCCCCAGGGCCCGCUCGCCCAAGAAAAAGCAGGACUCCAAGCAGGUGUCGAAGCAGGAGUCCAAGAGGGACGACAAGCAGGAGUCCAAGAGGGACGACAAGCAGGAGUCCAAGAGAGACGACAAGCAGGAGUCCAAGAGGGACGACAAGCAGGAGUCCAAGAGAGACGACAAGCAGGAGUCCAAGAGGGACGACAAGCAGAGCGACAAGCAGGAGUCCAAGAGGGACGACAAGCAGAGCGACAAGCAGGAGUCCAAGAGGGACGACAAGCAGGAGUCCAAGAGGGACGACAAGCAGGAGUCCAAGAGGGACGACAAGCAGGAGUCCAAGAGGGACGACAAGCAGAGCGACAAGCAGAGCGACAAGCAGCGGUUCAAGAGGGACAGCGGGCAGAAGUCCAAGAGGGAUGACGGGCAGGAGUCCAAGAGGGACGACGGGCAGGAGUCCAAGAGGGACGACGGGCAGGAGUCCAAGAGGGACGACGGGCAGGAGUCCAAGAGGGACGACGGGCAGGAGUCCAAGAAUGACGACGGGCAGGAGUCCAAGAAUGACGACGGGCAGGAGUCCAAGGGGGACGACAAGCAGAAUGACAAGCAGGAGUCCAAGAGGGACGACAGGCAAGAGUCCAAGAGGGACGACAGGCAGGAGUCCAAGAGGGACGACAGGCAGGAGUCCAAGAGGGACGACAGGCAGGAGUCCAAGAGGGACGACAGGCAGGAGUCCAAGAGGGACGACAGGCAGAAUGACAAGCGGGAGUCCAAGAGGGACGACAGGCAAGAGUCCAAGAGGGACGACAGGCAGGAGUCCAAGAGGGACGACAGGCAGGAGUCCAAGAGGGACGACAGGCAGGAGUCCAAGAGGGACGACAGGCAGAAUGACAAGCGGGAGUCCAAGAGGGACGACAGGCAAGAGUCCAAGAGGGACGACAGGCAGGAGUCCAAGAGGGACGACAGGCAGGAGUCCAAGAGGGACGACAGGCAGGAGUUCAAGCAUAAGACCAAGCAAGAUGCUAAAGAGGACACUGACAAUGACUCAAAGCAGGGCUCUCAGCUGCAGAUGUCAUUGCAGGGAAUGUUAAAUGACUCAAAGGACUCUAAUUCUUCCGCAGCGAGUGAGCAGCAACCGUCGGCCGGCUCCAGGAAAAGGAGCGGGUCUUGUCUGGAAAAGGACAAUAGCCUGGAGAAAUCUGAACAUUGCGGGAAAGGGAAAGGGGCGCUGGAUGCCUCUCCUUUAAUCAAAAGGGCCAAGCGGUGUUCCCGCUCCGUAGAGUCUCAGGGACGCGAUGAGGACGCGCAGAAGCCUGCGAGUCCCGGCUCUAAUCCAGAUCCUCACAAGGGCAACAGUUGUGACGACAUUCCCGAUCAAAACUCUAACUUGGCUCCCGCUUCUCCUGUCUUCGGUGGAGAGGAAGGAGAGCUGGCAGUGGAGAGGUCCAAAGAAGCCCGCCUCAAGUGUGACGAGGCGUCGCAGCACACCAAUUCUCACAAAACUUCCAACGGGCUGGGCAACAAUAUAGCUGAGGAGACGUGUACGACUCCCACCAGCUGCCCCCCGCUGCUCAAUGGUAGCCAGGGUGGGGCCCCCCCAUCCCCUCAACCUACGGUGCCUUGUACGAGCUCUAGCCCUGUGCACAUGGAGGUCGCUAGCUCAGAGGCCUCAUUUUCGCCGGUCCAGGCCAAUCCAGUGGACCUCUUCCCAAAGUUGAUUGUGGCUAAGGAGCAGGAAGUGGAGGAUCUGGAGGUAGAUGUCGUGGGCGACCCUUUGUGCUUGGCAGGUGAGGAACAGGUGACGGAGAGCGCUUGCGACACCAACUGCUGCCUGCUCACGCCGGAGCCGGACGCCGCUGCCUCCUCGCCCUCCUCGGUCGCUGACGCAAACUGUUGUUCCACCUACAACAGCAACUCAGGAGAAACCACGCCUCCACUGGCGCCAACCCCCCCGUUGCCACCCCAUGACUCAGGGUGGCACUCGUCUGUGCCCAGCACACCACCACCCUUCACGGAACUCUACGAACACAGAUACACACUUCGUACUUCGCCCAGGAGGAACGCUACUGGCAACAAGGCGACCUCCUCCAAGGCCUGCUCUCCACCUCCACCAGACAAUGGCCCCUUGAAGGAGGAGGCAGCUGGGGCUCUAAAGGACAACUGCCCCGUGGUGGAGGAACACGCUCUGUCAGACUCUGUUUGUACCCCGAAGAAGGAGCUGGCCUGCGCGGGUCCCAGAGACGAGACUUGUGGCGAAGACGUCGGUCCGGUGGAAGGCAAAGACGUCGACGCUGGCAAGGAAGCGACGUGCGGCCGCACAGCUGAGGAGGACGAGGAAGAUGACGAGGAGGAGCCUGACGUGUACUACUUUGAAUCCGACCACCUCGCUCUUAAACACAACAAAGAUUACCAGAGGUUGCUGCAGACCAUAGGCGUCCUCGAGGCCCAGCGCACGCAGGCCAUCCUGGACCUGGAGACCUUGGCACGUCACCAAAGAGAGGCUCUGACUGACCCCAUCAGCUUUGUAGAGCAGCUGCAGAAACGGGUGAAUCUGGGCUUGCCGUGUCCCCAACGAGUGGUUCAGCUCCCAGACGUUGCGUGGGAACAGUACACCUCUGGUCUGGGGGAUUUUGCACGGGAGUUGUGUGACAAAAAGCGUAAAACCAGGCAGCUGAAGCUUAUUUUUGACAAAGGUUUGCCCGACCGACCAAGAAGUCCCAUUGAGCCCAAGAAGGAGUACGACUCCUCCGACAUGUACUCCUCACUGCCCACUAGUGACGGCCCAGAGAACGGCAGCCAGACGCAGAUAAUUAGAGGGAGGAUCUGUCACCCAAACAAGCCUGACACAUUCAACCAGCUUUGGACUGUGGAGGAGCAGAAAAAACUGGAGCUGCUCCUACUGAAGUUUCCGCCAGAAGAAGUGGAGUCCAAAAGGUGGCAGAAGAUUGCGGAUGAGUUGGGCAAUCGAACGGCGAAACAGGUUGCCAGCAGGGUGCAGAAGUACUUCAUCAAAUUGACAAAAGCUGGAAUUCCCGUACCUGGAAGAACGCCCAACCUAUGCAUGUACACUAAAAAGGCUUCCAGCAAGAGGCAACACCACCUCAACAAGCACCUCUACCGACCCUCCACUUUCCUCACCUCCUACGAGCCCCCGGUUUACAUGGACGAUGAGGACGAGCGCUCUGUGUAUUACAGCAGCAUGCAGGACGCGUCUGCUGAUGACUCGGAUGAAGAUGGCGUCCCAGCAGAGCUGAGAAACCUGCCCGAGUACAAAGAACUGUUGGAGCUGAAGCGGCUGAAGAAGCGGAAGAUCCAGGAGAUCCACGAAGAUAAAGCUGCGGUGCGACACAUUGGCUUCAAGUGUGACAUGUGCGGCAUGGAGCCUAUCCAAGGAGUGCGAUGGCACUGUCGGGAUUGUCCACAGGACAACUCUGUGGAUUUCUGCUCCAACUGCUCUGACUGCUUGUUGAAGACGGACACCCACGUGCCCGACCACCGCUUGGAGGCGGUGUACCAGGCGGACACAUUCCUGGACCGGGACUACUGCCUGCCGCAGAGCACCAGCUACAACUACUUGGACCCAAACUACUUCCCGGCCAACAGAUGACAGAGCGGCAGGCGCCCGUAGCUCCAGGCUCUCUCCACGUGUCCCACAGGCGACUGUGCAUGGCUCCAUCGUCCAAGUCCAAGACAAGCGCUUUAUCCCGCCGCCAGGCUUCAACGUCAGCAGGCAGGCGGUGAAGGCGGUGCAGGCAGGAAGGCGGUGCAGGCAGGCAGGAAGGCAGCGGCUUCAGUGCUGCUGCUGCUGCUGCUGGUGGUCUAUGACGGUCCUCCACCUCCCGCUCCACUUCAGCCAGGUUAAUCAACGGAUCUGUAAUUUGAAAACACUUUUUUUAAAGACAAAAGCUAACUGAAGGCACGCUAACAUUCCCGACUCCAGAAGGCUCCUCCCCUCCGUGGUUGUCCGCACUCACCUCCAUGUGCGAUGAUGGCAUCGUCAACCGCUUAUGAGCUAACUGUGUCACGUCUCACAUUUCAGACGCCUGCCUCCUCUUCCUCUCUCCUGUGGUCAAACGUGUCAAAUCCAUCUCAUGGUUUCUUCCUCUCAUUCACAACCGAGCGUUUAUGGUGGCCAGUAGUCGGCGCUAGUUGUUGUUUGCCAGUUGAGGGGAAAAAACAAGACAGUCUUUGUUUUGAUGGUCAUUUUAUUCAUCUAUUUAAAACAGAUUUGAGGUGGCGCUCCACGGUGGAACACCACUUUUUAUUCACACACAUAGAUUCAGUUUGUGCUUGACUAGACACGUCAUCUCUUUGACCCCCUGCUUCAGUAUUUGUGUAUAAAAGUCUGUUCUUUAUGUAAAGACUAAAAGUUCCUGUACAAAAAAAUGCUAGAGAAAAUAAAAGUAUGUGAAAAUAGUUUUUCUACACCUUUGUCUACCUUUAUUAAAUACACCAUUUAUUUAAAUACAUGAUUUUGCUCUUCAUUGUUUUGCAUUGUCACAUCAACCAAACAUUUUCUUAGUUGUCUUUAAAAAAAACUGCUUUAUUUAAAGAUUAGUUUUGCCUCCAGUGUUUAUUACUAAAUAUUUGAGCUUUAUUCCAUAAAAUAUUUUAUAAUUGUAAGAAUACGGCUUUUAAAAAUACAAAUGUAUACUUACAUACUUUUUAUAUGGUCUAAAACAAGGGUCCCCAAACUUUUUGAUGCGGGGGCCCCAUUAGGUUAAAAAAAAAUUGGCUGCGGGCUGGGUUAUAUGUGUGUGUGUGUAUAUAUA